UACCCUGGGGUUGGACUGGCAAACUCGGGAACUGGGUACCGCCACUGUAAAGAGAGAUCGUAGGGGUUACGAGGAGGUAGUGGUCGUCAGUCGGAAGAGAGAGGCGCGCGUGGGGCGAGGUUGUUGCGGGUGAAUUCGUGGGGAGAAGGAAAGCCGAGAGGGUGAGGGCGAGGGCGAGGGUGAGGGCGAGGGCGAGGGUAUCUGUACGUACACCGAGAGAGAAUCGAUCUAAAACUAGGAGUCGCCGCAGUAACCGCUGGGAGGAAGCCACUGUUACAAUUUGCCCCCAUAUGCGCUAGUGAAAUCUUAGAUCGGGUAAUUGUACGGUGAGAGGAGCAGCUAGAAUGAGGUGUUCUCGCGAGGUGGUCGCUCGCGUUCGGCCCGCGUGUUGAUUCGAGCAUCGCGCGACACACCACCAACCGCCGACACCCCGAGCUGAUACAGUGCGGAAAUUCACCGAACGAACAAACGAACCAAAUCUGAGACCCACUAAACAGAGAAUAAUAGAGAGAAAUAGCGAGAGAAGGGGAAAGAAACAGCUAGAGAGAGAGAAACCAACGAAUACGUCUAUACUCUCUCUUUAUAGAGAGAAAGAGAGAGAGAGAGAGAGAGAGAGAGAGAGAGAGAGAGAGAGAAGCGCUCCAGAAACAGAUAGAUUAACCGCGAGAAGCAGAGAAAGAGGAAGAAGUGAAAAAAGAGGGGGGGGGGAUAAAGAUAGGUAGAUAGAUAGAUAGGUAGAUAGAUAUAUAGAUAAAUAAACGGACAGAUAGAGCGAAAUCGAGAGUGUGAUAGACGAAGGGAGACGGAGAGGGAGAGAGAAAGGGAAACGGUGUCGCAUCGCAAGGUGUUUCGGUGUACGGUGCACGAGACGGAGGAACGUUCGUGAGAAGAGAUCACAAGAGGGUUGUAGGGGGGGGGGGGGAUAAAGCCAAGUUAACUGGACGGUCAAAUAACCGAGAGAACGAGCGAAGAAACGGCAAGGAGAACGCUCAGAUCCAGGAAAGAAACCGAGAGAGAAACCGACCUUAGAAAGAGAAACGGAGAAAGACAGAGAAGAAGGAGAAGGAGUGAACACGGAAGGAGAGAGGGAGAAAGAGAGAGCGCGAGCAAGGGUGGGCGGACAGUAGUGCACGAGAGCAUCCCGUCGCCACGAUAAUGCGACGUGCAGCUUCUUUACUCGUUCCUUCUGAAUAAGUGCUUGCUGGGACGGUCCCUUACCUGCAGGGAUAUGACGUAAUGGCAAGAGAGGAGUUACGGAGCAAGAGACCUUUUAAGAUAUGGGACAGCUGGCGUAACGUAAGAAAAGGACUGUGCGUUAGUAAUUUCGAGGAACUGAUACACCAGGGUAAGGAGAAAUUGGGCGUGCCUCAGAACGAGAAUGUCUCCGUAGUGUUGGAAUCGGACGGGACGCAAGUGGAGGACGGUGAAUACUUUAAAACACUAGCGAACAACACGAUCCUAUUGUUGUUGCGACAUGGUGAACGUUGGUGUCCAACUGGAGUCGACAUCAUACGCGCCGCGAUUUCGGCAAUCCCGAAAAUAGUCUGCGAAACAAUCCACGCGUUGGAGCUGCACGAUGAGACACCGUCGUGGAAGAUCAUGGACAAUAAGGGACGUGUCACGGUGGUGCUGCACUGGGACCAGCGUUCAUCGACGUCGCAGGCGCAGCAACAGCAGAAAGGACAAGACGUGCAAACCUCGAAAUAUUCGCCGACUAAGAAGACCGAUUUAAGUCAACGGCCACCGCUGGUCAUCCAGACCAGCCUGGACAAGCUCAACUAUGGCGGGAAGUUAGGUCACCUGGCGGCCGAGGUCGGUCCCAGCCGCUACAGCAGCCCCCAUAUCACUGUGAUAAAUCAUGACGACAUGCAGCAGCAGCAACAACAGCCGCAGCUACAGCCGCAGCCGCACGGGAUCCCCGGUCGUCUGGUGAAGCAGGGUACCAACUCGUUCGACAGCACCACCAUCCAUAUCCACACGCCGGAAUGCUCGAAUCAUAUUCACCAGCCGGUGGUGAGGAACGGCAGUCCUGUCAACGGGGCUGACGGCGGCGCCAGCGGCGAGUGCGACUUUCAUUGCUGCGCGCUGCACGAAGAGGGGCGUAGAAUCGCGGUGCACAAAUCGGUGGCCACCUCGCCGAUCCAGGACGCGCAGCAACAGUACCAGCAUCAUCAUCCGCACGCGCAGCAGCAGCAGCAGCAACAACCGCCGCCACAACAGCAGCAACAGACCCAAACGUCGUCGCCUCAGCCGCCCUCGUCGCUGUCCGACGGAACGAGACGAACCGGUCUGAGCAAAGGGCACGUGAGAUUCUGCGACACGGCCGACGAGGAGUCGAGCUCCCGGCUGGCUGGCAACUCCGCCGCCGGCUUUCACCUGCAUCAUCAUCACAAUCAUCAUCAGGAGCACGACAGCUCCGAGUCCGAGACCGAGAACACGAUCAUGGAGGACGAGAUCGUCACCUCGGAGAAGUUUUUAUUGCUCAUCGAUCAGCUCACGGUAGAUCAGAAGCAUCUAAGCAUCAAGGACAUCGGUAUAAUACUCGAACGACUCAGCUCGAAGAUAUUGGACGUGGAGCGGCUGGAUCGCGAGAGCGAGAGCGAGGAGUGUUACAACUGGACGAUCAAGGCGAUUAUCAGGGGUGACGUGCUGCGGGAGCUCGGCGUGAUUUACAACGGCAACUACUACGCCAUCUCGGAGCAUCCCGGUUACAAGGAGGAGUCCGAGGAGAAUAACGAGGAUAACGAGGAGGAGGAAGAGGAUAGACUUUAAUAUGAUGCUGUUUUACUAGAUAGAUAGAUAGAUAGAUAGAUAGAUAGAUAGAUAGUUAGUUAGAUAGAUAGAUAGAUAGAUAGAUAGAUAGAUAGAUAGAUAGAUAUACACCUAUUACUGGUUAUUAUUAAUAUAGUUAUGUAUCGAGCUGCGAGGGAAAGGGAGGCUUCGAUUUGGAAAACGUUCGAAAUCGGGCGAAUGAGAAGGGGUGGAGAGAGGGAAAGAGAGAGUUGAACAUUUCUUUUUUUUUUUUUUUUUUUGGUUUCCAGAUAGAAAACCCCAUAGAGGGGAGGGGAAGAAGGACGGUGAACAAGCGGUGAAACGUGAUUUUUUUUCCAAAUGUGUUUUCAUAAUAAAAACGGAGAAAAAGAACAAAGGAAUGCGUCAUAAUAAUAAUAAAAAAAAAAAUGGAAAUCAUACGACACCUUAUAAAACUUAGUUCUAAAAACGGUUGUUGAAAUAUGUACUUAUUAAAUAGUAUAUAUAUAUAUAUAUAUAUAUAUAUAUAUAUAUAUAAAUAUAUAUAUAUACUUGUAGGAGACAUUUUUUGGGAUUACGGACGUUGAUUCCGUAACCGUCCACAACACUGCCCUAUGUAAAAAGAAAAAAAAGAAAAAACUGAAACAGCAAAAAAACGAGCAAAAAUAGUUGAGAGCGAGAGAAAGAGAGAGACUCGAUAUCUGUUCGUGACCAUUCGUCGAGCUGUUCUUACACGCAUAUAUACAUACAUACAUACUCGCGGUCGCGUCGUUAUUUCGUUUCUCGAUCUAAUGAAAGACGAGCUCUUUCGACUGAACGUUGGAAAAAGAGAGCAAAUGUUGACACGAUCAUCGCGAACAGUCAGAAAUUCGAGGAACGUAGAUUCAGACAAAGAAAAAAGAGAAAGAAAUGGCAUGGAAAAAGAGAGAAAGAAAGAGGGAGACGAGAUAUAACCUGUACCUCGAUUUUACUCGUCGUUUGUCGUCGACGUAAAUUCUCCCAUGAUCCACCGGGGCAAAAUCAAGCUUUGCGUAUAGCAAGAGUCCUUUGAAGUCGGAGUCGGGCACUUCCAGUUUGUCAAAGGAUUCUCGUUUCCCCUUCGGAGCGCGUGCCGUUUCUCUAUCGAAAGUCGAGAGCCAUAUACACGGAUAUUAGCCUCGACCGUCGAACGAUUUUAUUCGACAGAGGUAGUAAUUUGAAAUGAGAAAAAAAAAAAUUUUGUUCCUUGUCAGUCUGUAAGAAACGAAUUAAAUCAACUGCCCGAC